CUCAACUUAGAAGCAAUAAAAUUCAAUUUCAACAAAAAGACAGAGUUAGAGUUAGAGAGAGCUAAACAUUAUUCACAGUUGAGUUCAGAACUCAAAAAAACACACACACACACACACACACUGAAAAUGGCAGAAAUCAAAGCCGAUACUACGACUCAUCACCAGAAGCAGCUCCCAGUUACUGUAUCGGAAUCCGAUAUAUCGGAGCAAAAGCCCCAGAAACCAAAGCGUGUCGCUUCCCUCGACGUCUUUCGAGGCCUCACUGUUGCGUUGAUGAUUUUGGUAGAUGAUGCUGGAGGAGAAUGGCCUAUGAUUGGGCACGCACCAUGGAAUGGUUGCAAUCUUGCUGAUUUUGUGAUGCCAUUCUUUUUGUUCAUUGUUGGAAUGGCCAUUGCACUUUCUCUCAAGAGAAUACCAAACCGGCUUUUGGCCAUAAAAAAGGUGCUUCUUAGGACUUUGAAGCUUCUCUUUUGGGGUCUCUUACUGCAAGGAGGUUAUUCUCAUGCUCCUGACAAACUAACAUAUGGUGUUGACAUGAAAAAGAUAAGGUGGUGCGGCAUUCUGCAGAGAAUUGCUCUUGCAUAUUUGGCGGUUGCACUGGUGGAAAUCUUUUCAAGAGGUGCACAAGCCAAGGAUCUUGCGUCCAACUGGUUCUCUGUAUUCAAGUUGUACUUCUGGCAUUGGCUGAUGGGAGCAUCUGUUCUUGUUAUUUACUUGUCUGCAAUUUAUGGGACAUAUGUUCCUGAUUGGCACUUCACUGUCCAAAGUAACAAUGGUACUGUCCAGUUAACAGUUGCCUGUGGCAUGAGAGGAAAACUGGACCCUCCUUGUAACGCAGUAGGAUAUGUUGACAGAAAAGUGCUAGGACUAAACCACAUGUAUCCACAUCCAGCAUGGAAGAGAGCUAAGGCUUGCACUGAGAAUUCCCCAUAUGAGGGGCCUUUCCGGAAUGGUGCUCCUUCAUGGUGCUAUGCCCCUUUUGAACCUGAAGGAAUUUUGAGCUCAAUAUCUGCUAUUCUGUCCACCAUCAUUGGAGUGCAUUUCGGACAUGUUCUUGUACAUUUUAAGGGUCAUCCAGCUAGACUGAAGCAUUGGGUUACGAUGGGUUUUGCUCUCCUCAUUUCAGGAAUUAUCCUUCAUUUCACUCAUGCAAUUCCUUUGAAUAAACAGUUGUACACAUUAAGCUAUGUUUGUGUAACAUCUGGAGCAGCAGCUUUGGUCUUUUCAGCUUUAUACAUUACGGUUGAUAUUUCGGGUUUGAGGUACCUGUUUUUACCAUUGGAAUGGAUUGGCAUGAAUGCUAUGUUUGUCUACGUUAUGGCAGCUGAAGGCAUCUUUGCAGGAUUCAUUAAUGGGUGGUAUUACGAUGACCCCCACAAUACACUGGUAUAUUGGAUUCAGAAGCACAUUUUUGUUAAGGUUUGGCAUUCCAAGAGAGUAGGCAUUCUACUCUAUGUCAUCUUUGCAGAGAUACUAUUCUGGGGUAUCAUAUCAGGAAUUUUGCAUCUACUGGGCAUAUACUGGAAGCUUUAAAUUCCAUGGUAUCGUGGUAGCUAAUCUCCACUGUGCUGAACUUAGGCUGCUUGUUCUUGCCUUGAUUUCCUUGUAAUUUGUUAUGCCAGUUUGUUGCAGGCUAGGUAAUCAGCCUCUUUAUACUGUGUUGCCCUGUAUAUAUUCUUCAGGAAUUGUAAGCAAACUAGCUCAUUGGUCGUUA